AUGUGCGGUAUCAUCGCUGUCAUUCACGCGGAUCCGCAGUCCGCCACUGCCGCCGUCGAGAUUCACGACGCGCUCUACCUCCUUCAACACAGAGGACAGGAUGCUUGCGGCAUAGCUACUUGCGGCCAUGGUGGACGCUUCUACCAGUGCAAGGGCAACGGCAUGGCCUCCAAGGUCUUCCACGAUGGUGCGAGGGUUGCGGACCUGCCCGGCUUCAUGGGUCUUGGUCACCUCAGGUACCCCACCGCUGGAAGCAGCGCAAACUCUGAGGCGCAGCCUUUCUACGUCAACAGCCCUUACGGUAUCUGCCUGACGCACAAUGGUAACCUCAUCAAUGCGCCGGAGCUCAGGGCCUACCUUGACAAGGAGGCUCACCGUCACAUCAACACCGAGAGCGACAGCGAGCUGAUGCUCAACAUUUUCGCCAGCGAACUGAACGAGACCGGCAAGGCUCGCGUCAACGCCGAGGACUGCUUCUCCGCUUUGGAGAGGAUGUACAACCGCUGUGUUGGAGGCUGGGCCUGUACGGCGAUGCUUGCUGGUUUCGGCCUGAUCGGCUUCCGUGACCCCUACGGCAUCCGCCCUAUGGUCAUUGGCUCUAAGCCCUCGGAGACUGGUCACGGUAUGGAUUACAUGAUGGCUUCGGAGUCCGUCGCCCUCACGCAGUGUGGUUACAAGACCUUCCAGGAUGUCCUGCCUGGCCAGGCCGUCAUCAUUGAGAAGGGCAAGGAGCCCGUCUUCCGUCAAGUGCACCCUCAGAAGGGCUACACGCCCGACAUCUUCGAGUAUGUUUACUUUGCGCGCCCUGACAGUGUCAUCGAUGGCAUCGAUGUCGAUGAGAGCAGGCGGAACAUGGGCUACAAGCUCGGUGAGGAAAUCCGGAAGCAGCUGGGCCCGGAGGGCCUGGCGGAUAUUGAUGUCGUCAUGCCUAUCCCUGAGACCUCUAUUACCUCUGCUCUGUGUGUUGCCGAGGCUCUUGGCAAGCCUUAUGUCCAGGGCUUCGUCAAGAACCGGUAUAUCUUCCGGACCUUCAUCAUGCCUACCCAGAAGUUGCGGCAGAAGGGUGUUCGCGCCAAGCUCAACGCCCAGCCUUUGAAGUUCAAGGGCAAGAAUGUCCUGCUGGUUGACGACAGUAUCGUCAGAGGCACGACGAGUCGUGAGAUUGUCAACAUGGCAAGAGAAGCCGGCGCGAGGAAGGUGAUUUUCACCAGCUGCGCACCGCCUAUUACCAACGCUCACAUCUACGGUAUUGACCUUGCGUCUACCUCUGAGCUGAUCGCACAUCACCGCAGUUCUUCGGAGAUUGCCGACCUCAUUGGCGCAGAUGCUGUGAUUUAUCAGAACCUUCAGGAUCUCGAAGCCGCUUGCGCUGCGUUAUCGCCCCGCGACCAAGAUACGCAGAAGUUCGAGGUCGGUGUCUUCUGUGGCAAGUACGCCACGCCUGUUGACGAGGACUACUUUGACCGGCUGGAGCGUAUCCGCGGUGAAAGCAAGAAGCUCAAGGUCUUGGAGAGCGCCAGGCAAGCCAUCAUGCACGGCGGGGCCACCGAAAGCCAGGUACGCAUGGCCGCCAAGGGCGUCGAGGUCGACAAGCAUGGAAAUGUCAUUCCUGCAGAGAACUCGGAGGACGCCAUCGACAGUGCUCCGGUCAACGGUACGAAUGCUCGUCCCGACCACUUUGAGAGGCGAGGCACCGAGGACGAGGCGCGGGUCAAGGAUACUCAAGACAUGGCCCUCCAUAACAUCAACGACCACGCAUAG